AUGGGAGGAAGAAAAGGAGGAGGAGGUGGAAGAUCAGUAGAGGUGGUGGAGAAGGGAUUGGGACCAGUCAUCUCAUCCUUUAACUGUUCAAAGCUAGAAGGAACAGAGAAGGAUGAGGGAGAUAUGGAAGAGAGUUUAGUGUGGGGAACAAAGAUUUUUGGUGAGGAUGGAGGAGUUGGUUCCUUAGGAGAAAUGCCUCCACGACAACAGUUGGCUGCUAGAAAGGAAGCCGCUCGUCGUCGUCGCGUAAGCCUGGAAAAUGCUUUUAUAUCCUUGGCUAACAGAGCUGUUACUCCCAGUGGUGGGAAGUCUGCUUUCGAUCGAUAUGACCGUCAUAGGCCCCCUACUUAUUAUGGUGCUGCUGACUCGGUGGCUCUGGAGAAUUGGUUAAGGGAAAUGGAGAAGCUCUUCACGGCAACAAACUGCCCCGUUGCUGAGAUGUUCUCCGCCAAGCUGAAGGAGAGGUUCUACCCUGACGAGUUGCGUUGGCAGAAGCAAGAGGAGUUUUUAUCUCUGACUGAGGGGAAUAUGGAUAUCCAAAAGUACACCGACCGCUUCACCGAGCUGUCUAAGUUUGCUGGUACUAUUAUUCCCACCGAAGAUGAGAGGGUUAAGAGAUACAUGAAGAAGAUGGAUCAUAUGGUAAGGACUCUUGUGUUGUGCUUGGGAGUUACUACCUUCCAAGCUGCUUAUGAGAUGGCCCUGAGCGUCCAUGCGUCAGUCAAAGAGGAAGAAGCUGUUAAGGCUGCAUCUGAGAGGAAGCCUAUACCGUCUGUUGCUCCUGGUCUGGUUAAGAAGCCGACGUUUGAACCGAGUUUCCGUGGUGGAUAUCAAAGUUCCAGUUCUAGGCCGAGUUUUGACCCGUCCAAGUGUGGGAGGUGUGAGAAGCCGGUGCAUCCGGGGAAGGAUUAUGAUGGAUGUGCUAUUGUUUGCUUCUACUGUAGGGAAGCGGGUCACAAGAGUUAUGAGUGUCCUAAGAAUCUGAGGGCUACAGCUAAGCCUCCUGCUACUCCUAGUCUUUCUGCUCUGCCGAAGAAUCAAGUUUACAACAUGACUCAUUCCGACGCCGGUGUUCAUCCCGACGUCAUCUCUGGUACCUUCCUUGUUAAUUAUGUCCCUGCUUCUGUGUUGUUUGAUUCUGGUGCUUCUGUGUCAUGUGUGUCUAACUCUUUUGACAAGAAAGCUAACCUGUCUUCGAGUUCUCCUCUUCGAACUCUUAUAACUUUGCCUUCUGGUGAGAACUACCCUUGUUUUGUCAAGUAUCGUGAUGUGCCUAUUUCUUUGUUGGGUACCAAUCUUCCUGCUGAUCUCAAGGAAUUCUCCAUGGUUGAGUUUGAUGUUAUUUUGGGUAUGGAUUGGUUGGUUAAGUAUCGUGCUCAGAUUCAUUGCCGCGAUCAAAAAGUGACUCUUCGUAGUCCGUGUGGCAAGCGUAUCUCCUAUAGUGGAGUGAUGUUGAAGAAAGGGGUAAAGAUCGUGUCUGCUCUCAAAAUGCAAAAGCUUCAUCAGAAAGGGGAACAAGUGUUCCUCUGCAUGGUUAACGAUGCAUUGGGACUAGAAACAAAAAACCUUGCCUUGUUCCUCUUCUUCCAACGCUUCUCCAGUAUCAGUUCCUUGAGCAUCUUCACUUAG